AUGAAUCUGGCCGAAAACGCAGAAGCAUAUGCAGCAGGUACAAACCUAGGCUGGGUCGAAUCAGCGUGGGCCGGAAUCCAGGAAAGCAUCGAAAUCCUCGCCGAACGCAAGAUCAAGGUCGUGAUCAAUGGCGGAAGUCUCAAUCCCUCUGGACUUGCUCAGAAAGUAGCUUUAUUAGCGAAAGAGAAAGGGCUCGAAGACUUGAAAGUUGCGUUCGUCGAAGGGGAUAACUUGCUACCAAUACUUGGCAAUGACCUUGCUUCACUGAAAAAGGAUCUUCCUCCACAUCUCGAUUCUGAUAAUCCGGAUGUAAAGUUGCCGUGGAAUUUAUUGGGACCGAACAGUGAAAGUGUUCCCCUCGUUUCGGCAAAUGCAUACCUGGGAGCACGAGCCAUUGUCCAAGGUCUGAGAGAUGGAGCAGAUAUCAUCAUAUGUGGUCGCGUGGCGGACGCAUCGCCAGUCAUUGGAGCAGCUUGGUAUUGGCAUUCUUGGAAAGACACCGAUUAUGAUCGUCUAGCUGGAGCACUUAUUUCUGGUCAUUUGAUCGAGUGCUCUGCUUAUGUUAGUGGGGGAAACUUUUCUGGGUUCACAGAAUACGAUCUAAAUACUUUCAUCGAGCCAGGGUUUCCGAUCACAGAGAUCGAUGCAGAUGGUGCUUGUGUCAUUACGAAGCAUGAGGGUACUGGUGGCAUGAUCAACGAAGAUACUGUGAAGUGUCAGUUCUUGUACGAGCUGCAGGGAAGUAUUUAUUUGAACAGCGAUGUCAAAGCAUACUUGAAUGAUGUCCGGAUACAAAGAGUUGGAAAAGACAGAGUCAGAGUCUCCGGAAUCAAAGGCGCUCCUCCUCCACCCACAACUAAGGCGACAAUCUUCUACCAAGGUGGCUACCAAUCCCAAAUCCUAGUCAACGCGACAGGCUACGGGACUGCCCAGAAAUGGCAACUCUUCGAGACCCAACUAAGGAGAAAGCUAUCAAUAUCCAGCGCAGAUAAGGAUCUCUCAAUUCUCGAGUUCCAAAUCGAAAGCAGAGUCGGAACACCCCAACCAAAUCCAAAAUCACAGCUGAAUAGCACGACAUACAUGCGAGUAUUUGCCGAGUCGCAUUCGCAAGAAGCAUUAAUGAGCCUCCUAAUCGCCUUCCGAGACAUCUCACUACAACACUUCUCAGGAUUCCACUCAGCGCUCGAUAUGAGGACAGCUAUCCCAAAGCCAUUUCUCGCCAUGUAUCCAGCCUUGAUACUUCAAAAUUCGUUAAAAGAGACAGUGACAUUCUGUGAUCCGAAUAAUGGUGCUGCACUUGAAGCAACAAACGUCGGCUAUCCACCAAAAUACUCACUCCUCGAGCGAAGAGAAAAUAUCCCAACUACCUACCUCGGGAAACAACUCUCAUCUUUCGGUCCCACUAAGCCGGUCCGACUAGGAGACAUCGUCCUCGCUCGCUCCGGAGACAAAGGCUCAAACCUCAACGUCGGGUUCUUCGUCCACUCAGCGAGAGCAUGGGAAUGGUUACGCUCCUUCCUCAGCUCGUCGAAGAUGGUUCAGUUGAUGGGCGAUGAUUGGAGUGACGAGUAUUUUCUCGAGAGAGUCGAGUUCGAGAAUAUUUUCGCGGUGCAUUUUGUGGUGUAUGGGAUUUUAGGGAGGGGCGUUAGUGGUUCGACCAGGUUGGAUUCUUUGGGGAAGGCGUUUGCGGAUUAUGUGAGGGAUAAGGUUGUUGAUGUUCCGGUGGAGAUUUUGUAUGGAUCGAAAAUGUGA